AUGCAGUGUCGUGGCGCAGAUGAAUGGGUAUCCUCAGGAAAGGCAAAAAUGGCGGAGGUUCGAGGGGACAUAGAGACGUAUCGGCGUGCGCUGGGACUUGUCCUUGAUGUUGUGAAUUACCACCAGUCACCAUCCAAUUCCGACACCAGCGACUCCAAAACCUCCAAAUGUCAGAUAACGACCGAAGUAGACCGGUUACGCAGUCAUACUGCGUUGACAGGCCUCGACAAUAGGAACACUUGGCUCGACCCAUACAUGAAUGCCGUAAUCAACUGUCUGGAAACCACUGGUGCUGAUUCCCCUGUCAUCAAAGACGAUAGCCCUCUCAAAGACCUAUCUUUAAAUCUCGAGCCACAGCAACCGGUGAAACCUCCUACCGCCCCAACACACCAAGAAGGAAGACAGGCAUCGCCAAAGUAUGUCAUAAGUAGCGUCUACGAAUCAGCGGGACCAUGGUACCCAACCGGAGCCAUAGCACUUCCCUUCUAUAGUGGCGGGGAGAACCCUGCAUCAACUGCUUCAAGUCCGAGGAGGGGACCCCAGCAAGUAUCCCCACGACUUCGAAAUACGCCUCUGGAUCCCUCGAGACAUGGCCCAACACCGGAGUCACCUACAUCCAUACAGUUCUCACAAAGAACACAGUCGCCCCCUUCUAGCCAACAAAGCUGGGACCAAGGUUCCCCAUCCGCUAGAUCCGAACCUUUUGAAGCCAGCUAUGUACCACACCAGGAUUUGCGAGCUGAACGAUGGUCCGAACCUCAGCUCUGGGAUCUUCCCAUCAACGGCCGCGCCGUCUAUAGCUACAAUAUCGACUGGCACAUUCUCAGCAAGUACAAGUACCUUAUCUCCGGCUACUAUACACGACUCUCGCUGGUCACCAACGCCCCAGGCCCAAAGCCAACAAUGGCCAGUAAACACCACUCCUCUCAGUCCUCCGGCUCAAUGGUCCCACGGCAAGUCAACAGAUCACGCAUCACUACGCAUUUUGGGUUGGAUCUCGAGAUCUACAACUUCACCAAGGGAGGAUCCGGAAAGAAGGUCCAGGUUAUCGACGAAGCGCACCGUUGGGCUGCCAGCCACAAACUUGACAACAGUUACGCCCCCCUUGUGAUAUACCGGCCCGGGGCUGACCGGAUCGAUCGGUACUUUCUAUCACGUAACCCGGGCGCUAAGAAGCCCUUCUGGGAAGAUGCAAGCAGCUGCAUUGAUCUGACAAAGGCUGAUCUUCCUUUCCUUCCCAAGUAUCCCGAGCUAGCCUUCUCCAACGACUCACCCUUCCUGAUAGCUGCCGCAGGCCCCAGACCUGGCGACCCGCCCAGGGACAUCAACUCAACCAUCCUCCUCGUGGCCUGGCAUCUUACUCCAGUCCAAGAAGCCAAACUUCAAGCUCGUAGUCCCGUGAACAGCAUCCAUUCGCACAUCCAAGAGUCCGGCGAUCCGAAACGACACAAAGCCUACCGCUUCUGCGCGCCCGCUUACACGCAACUACAAACGGCUCUCCCCUCCGUUCUCGUCUCCCACGGCAGCGUAACCGUCUCCAUCUGGAUUCCCGCCAGCCACGUCAACAUCCCGCUCCCCGGCGGCAAGUUCAGACAAACGCGAGUUCCCACGCCCGAGCGCUUCGUCCUGGUAUGGGACAUGCCGACUAACACGACCAGACUCAUUCCCAUCCCCAACGUGCAGGCGUGUGUGUCGCCAGACUGCCGGCUUGUGGCGUACUGCGAUCCCGAGAUGCAGAAGUUUGUCAUCCUCGACGUGGCGACGGCGGAGGAGGUUUGGAAGUGGCCGGAUGCGGCAAAGGUGAGCGGGUUUGCGAGCUUUGGGCAGUUUGAGGCUAUCAAAAAGAUUACGGUGUUUGAGUUUAGUCCGGAUGGGAAGUGGUUGAUUGUGGGCGAUGCGAGUGGGGCGCUGGGCGUGUAUGAGGUCAGGGACUUGGGGACGAGGUUUGAGUUGCUGGAUCACAGCUCGCUAAAGGGAGUCUCGGAGCUUGGAGGGAAAGGGGGGCCUCCGAAAGGGAAUGUUGCGGAGCUGAUGUAG